AUGGCCUCGGACUUCGAUCGCACGCGUUAUGAACUUGUAUGCCUCCAACUCACACUGUACUAUAGAUACGCCGAUUUCACCCCCGAGGACGCCAACCGUUCAUUUAUCCGGAACGAAAAGGCUCUAGAUUCCUGCUUUCCUCCUGAAUUCUUCCCUAUCAUCGCGGAUGACCUGAAUGGCGACUUUUUCUGCGAGUAUGACCUCGACGAGCAGGAUGAGAUCACCAAGCACGGUUCGUCCCUACCUGUCUUGAACUCGCAUCCUAUCCGGGCCCCUAACAUCGGAAGAAUCACAGUAUCCUGGAGCUGCUUCAAGAUCAAACACGCCGUCAAGCCAGGCGAAUACGAGUGGUUCCAGCCCGCCGUCUUCGUGCAGUGGCUCCCACAAAAACACCAGCAACUGGUCUUCUUCCUGAACCUCCCCAAACCAGUGAAGGAAUACCUGGAGGAGCAUCGGCCCCUAGCACGAAACUCCCGGGGCAAUCCCUAUGUCUGGCACACCGUGUUCGCACAGGCUAUCAUAGAAGACUAUGACAAGUCGAUCUGGUCGUUGCGGGACCUGGUGCGACACAUUGAAAAGGCCCGGAAUUUCCCACACCCGCCAGCCCUUAACUUCCCGAACCUCCACGACAUCGCCCGCCACAUCUUCCACUCCAACGAGACGCUCAACGUUGCGGCACAGAUCCUGGAAAGCCUGAUAGCCGAGCAGAAGAGCUUCCAGAAGGAAUAUCCCGCGCUCGUGAAGGGCAACCGAGGCUCCUGGAGCCAGAACGGCCAGCGCGCGAAACGUGUCAAGCGGCAGCUGCAGUCGCUCGCGUUCCGGUCGCAAUCGCUGGGAGAGCGGCUGCACAACGAGAUCAACCUGGCCUUCAACCUGGUAUCGCAGAAGGACGGGGCCAUGAUGAAGACCGUCGCGAUCGUGAGUAUGGUUUAUCUGCCGGGGACAUUCAUCUCGGUACGUUGUGCCUUGCCCCUUGUAGAUCGGACCUGGGUGGCGGGGUGUGUCGGGGGGAAAGCUGACCAGAAGCAGGGCCUCUUCGGCACCAACUUCUUCAAUAUGUCGAACGACCCGGCCGCGCCGGCGUGGAUGGUCUCGGCGAAUUUCUGGCUGUAUUGGGCCAUCGCGGUGCCCUUGACGUGUGCGACGAUGGCGAUUUGGGCCCUGUGGCAUUACUUCCCGCAUUAUUAUCCUCGGAUUGCCUUGAGGCACAUGGUGCCGCCGAAGGAGGGAUCGAAGGUGUGA